AUGGCGGACUCUCCGAAACCACCUACUCUGCUCACGAUCCCACCCGAAAUCCGCCUGAGGAUAUGGGAGUUCGUCUUCGAUGAGCUCCACUAUUUCGGAGCGGUCAGCCAUGAUGGGUGUCGCAAAGAGAUCCCUCCUGAGGAAUAUAUAGAGGAAGAUUCCAAGGAAAUCGUCGCGGAGCAAGACUCGGACGACAUUGUCGACCUACCGCCGAAGCCUCUACAACCUUGUUCUUGCAACGAUCGUCAGCUUCUGCCCCUAUAUUUGUGCCGACAAACGUACGGGGAGAUGAAGGAAGCGUUGAAAAAGGCCCCGAUCACAGCCGAGUAUACCGUGGACCCGGUCGUGGAGCUUAAGCCCACAUUCGUCGGCCGCAUCCACACCUUGAUCCUCGACGGGACUGUCUUUCCGAUUCUCUACCCUAGGAUUCUCGGCCGGGUCGACUACGACGACAUCGAGUGGGUGUUCCCGGGUUUGAAGAGGAUCGUCCUGCCCGAGGGGUUGGGCUCUGGAUUGGGCCUCCGCUUCCCUUCCUCCAUCCCCAUGCACAUCUACAGCUGUCUGCGCGAGAGCGAGGGGCCCACCGCGAUGCCGACGGCGGAUAUGACGGGGAUCGUCCGUUCCGACCUCUCAGGCCAUCGCUUCACCGAGGGCUUUCACGCCACCGAGGCCCUCGUCCGUAACGCUGGGAUCGAGAUCUCCAGCACGUAUCGGUAUACUGUCGCGGCGUCGGAAAUCCUGCGGUGGCCGUUCGACACGGAAAGAGACAUAUACGAGGGGAGUUUCGCUGGGGAGAUCACAUGGGACAAAACGAGCAUGAGGAUAUCCGAUCUCCCCGACUUGCGCGGCGAAUGGUGGUUUGACGAGUGGCUGAUAGAUGACGGCCGUUUGCCACUCCAUCAGAAAAUCGACUGGACAAGCGAACUCGGAGGCUGGGACAUGAUGAAUCUGUUCGACCGGACGGGUGACGAACGUACGAUCUGGCUCGAGACACACGAGUUGUCGAAUUCGUUUACUUGA